UUGUUCUGCGCGAAGCCUCUUCUCCGUUUCCCACUAAGCGUUCCUUUUUUUUUCUUGGUUAUGGCGCGAUAGCCGGUUUCCGCUUCCGGCUUUGGCGCCUCCUGGUGGCGGUUUUACAGCUUUCCCGCCUUUUCCCACUCCUUUUCGACGCGACGGGGGUCUCCGAGGGGGCUGUGGUGUGAGAUGGAAAAAGAGGCGCCCGAGUCCAUUGCUGGCGAAGGGGACAGGAACAGUGAGGAGCCGGUGGUGUCGCUGGCCGAAGUGCUGGCCGAGAACGAGGAGCUGGAGAAAGAGGCGCGCGCUGUCCUGGGCGGGAGCGACCACGAACGCUGCAGUUACUCUCAGGGAGCUGUAAAGAGGCAAGCCUUGUAUGCAUGCAGUACAUGUACACCAUCAGGAGAAGAACCAGCAGGGAUCUGUUUAGCAUGCAGUUAUGAAUGCCAUGGAACUCACAAGCUAUUUGAACUGUAUACAAAAAGAAACUUCCGCUGUGAUUGUGGGAACAGUAAAUUCAAAAAUCUGCAGUGCAAGCUACUUCCUGAAAAGGCAAAGCUGAAUCCAACAAAUAAGUAUAAUGAUAAUUUCUAUGGAUUAUAUUGUGUUUGUAAAAGACCUUACCCAGAUCCAGAAGACGAGAUUCCAGAUGAAAUGAUCCAGUGCAUAAUUUGUGAAGACUGGUUUCAUGGAAGGCAUCUUGGUGCUAUUCCUCCAGAUAGUGGGGACUUCCAUGAAAUGGUGUGUCAGGCAUGCAUGGAUCGCUGCCCAUUCCUAUGGACUUAUGCCUCUCAGUUAGCAGUUCCCACUGUGACCAAAGUUACCCCGGCUGCUGAAGAUGGCACUGUGCUGAAUGUUGAAGAACGUGAAGAAAUUAAAAAGGAAAAUGGUGCAGACUGCCAAGUAAAAACCGAAGAAGAGAAAGUAGCACCGAGUAAUGAGCCAUCCACCAGCUCUAGCUCCGAAGGUUCAGGUAUGGUUAAGAAUGAAACCUCCACCUGCAAGCUGCAAGAACUUCAAGCCAAGCAGCACCUAAAGAACAACACAGCCACGUUUUGGCCUCACAACUGGCGGAGCAAAUUGUGCACUUGCAAAGAAUGUGUGAAAAUGUACUUGGAUCUGGAAGUUUCAUUUCUAACAGAUGAAUGUGAUACAGUCUUGGCCUAUGAAAAUAAAGGGACAAGUGACCAGGAAGCAGACAGGAGAGAUCCUCUUAUGGACACACUUAGCAGCAUGAAUAGAGUCCAGCAGGUAGAGCUCAUCUGUGAAUACAAUGACCUGAAAACAGAGUUAACAGACUAUCUGAGACGAUUUGCAGAUGAAGGGACUGUUGUUAAGAGAGAGGACAUUCAGCAAUUCUUUGAAGAAUUUCAGUCUCGAAAGAGGAGGAGGACAGCGGAUGCAGUAUUAUUGCAGCUAGAUUGGCUUGGAAGUCAAAGAACAAGCUUUUUCAGGCAACUCUACUAGCUUUCCACUCCUCUCCCCCCCUCUGCUUUAAUGUACUUUCUUACCGCCUAGACAUGCGCUCUAAUGUGAGAGCAGCUGUACUAAAAAGAAACACAGGAUCAUGAUUUUUAGAAUGUGUUUUUUGUGGGGGGGGGGGAGGGGGGUGUUAUUUGAUAAGAGUUACUUGAACUUUGAUCCUCGAUAUCCCUUGGGCUUCUAUUUAGUGUCAAAGGUACAUGCUUAGAAAAGGAACAACUGUUCUCCUGAACUGCUAUAGGUGAACUAUUUUUCAUGUGUGUCAUUUUUAAAAGUUAGAUCAGUGUGCUUGGCAGAUUAAUGUUUAGGAUCAAGGUGCCCCAUCUGAUACAGACCUCCAUCUUUAACACAAGGGUUUGUAUCUACUCAGUUAUGUGUAUAUCCAUAUUGGUUUCUGGUGUGUAGUCUGGUCUAUUGGCUUUUGCUUCUUAAAAGCUACCCAUGUCAAAAUGGAAAUUCAUGAGCUGUUUUUGAAGUAAGAUUUAUAACUUAUUAUAAAAGAAUAAGGCUACACCUUUGACAUGGGUACUUAUUCCAGACAAUAAUUCCUUGCUGGGAAAAAUCACUUUUACUGUAUAGGAUUACUAUUAUUUUUCUUUCCUGCCCUACAGAAUGUAAAUAAAAUAUCUGCUGCAGGCUGGUUCUAUUAGGUGGAAAGCCUUUGCUGUUUUUAGACUGAAGAGGGGGUCUCAAGUUUUGGAAAAUAACACAGUUGUAUUAGUUUGUAAACGUUUAAGAGGGAUAACCUACAAGUCUAUUUAAGAGAAACUUAUCAAGCAUACUACAAAGACCGGUAACUAACUUAAUCAGAUCAGUUCUUAACUGUUCACAGAUCAAGACAAUCGUUGCUUAAGCAGGCACAGCCUGUACAUAACAAAAUUUGUGGCUCUCUCAACUGUAGUUGGGAGGGACUGUGUACUUGCAAUAUAGCAGCAAUGUCAGUGUCAAUCUGAACACUUGACUUUGAACGAGAGAGGCUGUAUGAACUUACUCAUGCCAAAACAGCAUGAUUCUGGAACCUGUCUAUACCUAGCCAGGUUUGAGAGAGAUCUUGUAUGUUGUUGUGGUGCCAGCCUGACAGGCAAAUGUAAAUAUCAUGCAAACACCACUUAAUGUAUUUUGUGAUUUGGUAAGUGAUGGGAGCUGUAUGCUCAAAGGAUCCACACACACACACACACACAGACACAAACUGUUCCAGUAACUUGCAUUCUAAUUAGUUCAGAAUCUUAAAUGAAACAUCUUAACUGUUCAGCAAUGAACCUGAGGGAGUAUAUCGCUCAGCCACAUUUGUAUUGGCAAGAAGCUCAACUCUUCAGUGCUUGAUAUUAGAAUAAUGCAUCUUUCCUAUAAGAGAGAGGAAAUGAGUUUGUUUGAAAAGUAUCUUAAGGCUAGGGGAACACAGGUAUAGUUUAUUUUAUGUAUGGAACUGGAAGUGAAAACAGCUAGAGUGUAUUACAAGCCAAUAAAGAUUGUCUCUGUU